AUGGCCUGCUACGACCUCUGCCGCCCCUGCGGACCCACCCCGCUGGCCAACAGCUGCAACGAGCCCUGUGUCAGGCAGUGUGAGGCCUCCCGCGUCGUCAUCCAGCCUCCCGCCGUGCAGGUCACCCUGCCAGGACCCAUCCUCACCUCCCACCCCCAGAGCACCUUCGUCGGAUCCUCCGCAUCGGCUGCCGUGGGCAACGAACUCAGCGCCCAGGGAGUGCCCGUCUCCUCCGGUGGCUUUGGCUACGGCUUUGGCUACGGCUUGGGAGGCCUGGGUGGAUGCUAUGGCGGAAGAGGCUGCAACAUCUGCUAAGGACAUCGCCCACAACCUCUGACACCAACCACUCCCACCAUGGAAUCCACGGCACGGAUUGACAAUGCACCUCCCGCCUUUUCUGGCACAUGGGUUUCUUCUCCAGGGCUCUUCCUCUCAAGGUACCCAGCAAGGAAGCACCGAAGGGGCCGGCCUGCCCGCAGUGUCUGGAAACACGGACCAUGGACCUACUCCUCUUCUCCCACCUCCUUCUUUCCAGCAACCCUUCACCUAUAUUCACUGCUCUCCACUGCAACCACUUCCUGACAAGGCAAAGCCCACCAGGGACCACCACUGGUCACCUCCCAAUGUGGGGCUAGAAAACCUCAACACUCCGGCAACAUCUAUCUCACAGGAGGGCUCUUGCUCACCCUACCUCCAACUCAGACCGGCUCCCUUCCACUUGGCAUUCCUGCCUUUACACUCUGUUCUCUCAAUAAAUUUCUCCUGCAUCCAAACC